AAACCUAUCAGGUGUGGCGUUAAGCCUCCGUCGGAUGAUCGACAUCCUCUUGAUAUUCUCGUCGGAACCCUAGAUAGGCUGCCGGAGAUGGGGUUUGGCUGCUUCGAAGCUCCCUUGGGAUCGAAGAUUGCUGACGUUGGGCAAAGUGGUCAAUUGACUCGUGGGAUUCCAAAGGGUGAUGUUGCUCCUCUUCCCCUCCAUUUGCAGUUUCAAGCUCGCAAUCGCCUCUCUUGGGAUGGUGUCUCUCUCGGCUCCUCUGUUGAUAGCGAUAGUGACUCAUCCCCAGACGUCCGCAAGACCGUCGCGGGCAAAAGAAAGCGGGAAACAAAGGUAAAUCUGGAGCAAUUCUUGGAGAAGUUGGUGGGGAGUAUGAUGAAGCGGCAGGAGAAGAUGCAUAACCAGUUGAUUAAGGUGAUGGAGAAGAUGGAAGGCGAGAGGAUACGCCGCGAGGAAGCUUGGAGGCAACAGGAGAUUGAGAGGAUGCAACAGAAUGAAGAGGCUCGGAAGCAAGAGAUAGCACGCAGCUUGUCUAUCAUCACUUUCAUCAAAAGCGUUAUUGGUGACGAGAUCGAGAUCCCUAAACCCUCCGUGUUCCCGCAGCCACUCCAGCAGAUUCUUCCCGAGCAAUGUGAAGACAAGAAAUGUGUAUCCGCUCGGACACAGAGAGAGAUAAAGUUUAGGUAUUCAAGAGGCGGCAGCAGCAGCGGCAGAAGGUGGCCGCAAGAGGAAGUGCAGGCAUUGAUUAGUACAAGAAGCGAUGUGGAAGACAAGGCGGUGAUGAACAACAAGGGUUCGAUUUGGGAUGAGAUAUCAGCAAGAAUGAAGGAAAGAGGGUACGACAGAUCUGCUAAAAAGUGUAAGGAGAAGUGGGAGAACAUGAACAAGUACUACAGGAGAGUGAUGGAAGGUGGGAGAAAACAGCCUGAGCACAGCAAGACUCGCUCAUACUUUGAGAAACUUGCAGAUUUGUACAAGACCAACUUCUCGGGAGAGAGGGAAGAAUGAGGGUUCGACUGAAAGAUUUUAAAUUAGGUCUUUUUUUUUUCUUGGCACGCAAAACGGAUACGUGUAGAUGAUUUC